AUGACCAUUUCGCAAUUAAUUCGUCCCGCGCAUUCCUUUCGUUUAACACCUGUCGUUAAAGUUGCAAGUUUUCACAUCGGUCGUGCUAGCGCGUUUCGGGCUACUAAAACUAUUGAAAAUGGUGCAGUAAACGAGGCAGUCGUACUUCCUCCAAAAGACAAAGUUGCAGGAUCAUAUCAUUGGGAUUUUGAACGACUUUUGUCUUUAUCUUUGAUUCCACUUACUAUUGCAUCAGUAGUAAACGGGGCACAUCCUAUUACUGAUCUUUUUUUGGGUGUCAUUCUCCCAUUUCAUUGUCAUCUUGGAUUCGAUGCAAUGAUUACUGAUUAUUACCCAUCUCGUCGUAGUCCAGUCUUAAAUAAG